UUCUAGGGACUCACAACCAUACUAAAUUUGUUUACUAUUUUAAUAGGAAAUAAAAUGUCUUCUGAAAACUUUGCAAUGGGAAUUUUUCUCUUCUCCCAGAUUACUGUGGGAAUGCUUGGAAAUUCUUCAAUACUAAUUCAUUAUAUCAUUUUGAUAUCUACUGGGAAGUCCUUAAUGCCCAAAGACCAGAUUAUAGGGCACUUGACUUUUGCCAACUGCUUGUCUGUCAUCUCAAAAGCCAUUCCACAGACACUGUCAAAUUAUGGGUUUAAAGAUUUCCUGAAUGAUAUUGGAUGUAAAUUAAUAAACUAUAUUUACCGAAUAACAAGGGGAAUGUCCCUGUAUGCCAUGUGCCUACUGAGUUGCUUCCAAGCAAUCACAAUCAGCCCCAGCAACUCCAGGUGGAUGAUAAUUAAACACAGAGCGACCAAGUACAUUGGACCCUCCUGCUCAGUAGGCUGGCUUGUGAAUCUCUUUCUAAACAUCAUGACGCCAGUAACAGUGUCAGGUCCCAGGUACAACAAAAAUGUGACUAAAUGGAAGAUUAAUGAAUACUGCUCAUGGUUUGUUUAUGGAAAUGUGGGAACUGCACUGUCUAUGUUCAUACUGUGCUUCUCUGAUGGCCUGUGCCUGGGUCUCAUGGCCUGCUCCAGUGUCUCCAUGGUGAGUAGACUCUACAGACACAAGAGGCAAGUCCAGCAUAUCCAUAGUUCUCAGCACCUCCUAAAUGCCUCAGCUGAAAACAGAGCCACUCAAUCUAUCGUCAUCCUGGUGUGCACUUUUGUCAUCUCCUAUCUCCUCUCCUCCAUUAUGGUUAUGCUUAUGGCCUACUCCAAAUACCCAAUGUUAUUGCGAGUAACUGUAUUUACAUUUCUCGAAACCUGCUUUCCCAUAGUUUGCCCCUUUGUUCUCAUGAGCAAUAUCAAGCAUAGUAUUAGCCUGGUUUUUUUCUGCUUUUGUAGGAGAUAG